AUCACAAGUGCAGCUUGCGCCGCCACAACAUGCUUGGCUACCGUGGGCUCUCACGUCAGCUAUCAAACUGCGAUACAGGUAAUCCGUACAAGAGCUGCGCUUUUGACAGCCAAGCCAGCCAUACCAUGGAGCUGAUCGCACCGCAUGUCGCCGCGAGGCAUCCACCGCGUGGCUUGUGUCUUGCUAUUUUCCCGCCAUGACUUAUUACAGGUUAAACGACAUGGACAGCGACAUGAACAAGGCCAAGCGCAGCUUGUACGAUGAGGCAUUGGCCUGCUUCCACAAGGAGGCCGCUGAGCAGCACUCGAGCCCCAAGGACCUGGAGUUGUUGGCCGAGUUCCUCCGGGAGAGAGCCACGCCCGGGCAAACAAAGCAGGCCGCCGAGGUAUUGCAGUCGGACGCGGGCAAGAAAUGGGGAGGCCGCAAAAUCGGCGACGUCGAAAUCCCAGAGUCUUGGAUUGCCAACAUCAUGGCCAAUAUCGAGAUCUUUGUGGCUGCCGGCGACUUCGUCACCAAGGAUGCCCCCGAGAGCGUCGGGAUGGCCUGGUACGCCGUCAAGCUCACCCUGACCGCCAUCCACGGCAACUAUGAUCUGUACACAUUCUUCGGCUCCGGACUGAGCGACAUUAGCGAGAUCAUGAUCAUUGUGCGGCACUACGACCGCCUCUACGACGAGAGGUCAAAGCCGCACUGGAAACCUAGCCCUCUGGUAGAGAAACUCUUCCAGGACGUCAUCAGAGCCUACGCCGAUGUCCUGCAUUUCUCCUUCGCCGUCAAACGUCACCUGACGGCUGGUGCGCUAACAAAAAUCAAACAUGGCUUCAAGGAUUUCUUUGGCCUCUCUAAGGCCAAGUUCGAAGAGAAAUUGAAUACUGUCGCCGCUCAGAAGAAGAAGAUUUUGGAGGAGAGCCAAGGCGCCUUCCAGGACAAGACCCUCACGCAGCUUCAGGGCGUGUCGACCGUCUUGGCCGGCAUCGAGGGGACUGUCCAGCACAUCCGCAACUUUCAGGAAACGCAGCAAAAGUUGCACGAGGACGCCAUGGUCAAGUUUGAUGCCUUGCUAAAGGGCCUCGACGACAUUAAGGCUUCCACCAAGCGCAAGACACAGUGGGAUUAUGCUGUGCAGGAUUUUCAGAGUUUCCAAGACGUGCUCAGCCCCCUCCAGGGUUCCUUCAAGGUUCUCGGAGACACUAUUGAUGCAGUAUACCCCGGCACCUGCCAGUGGAUUUUCGAGGAACGAGCGUACAGGCAGUGGGCGGACGCCGCGGGCAACGUCGUGCUUUGCAUCACCGGACCAGAAGGAUCUGGAAAGUCGUAUGUGGUGGCUUCCAUCGCAAACCGUAUCACACAGGUGGCGGACCCCUACAAAGUCCUGUUGUAUGUCACAUGCGGCGGCUCAACGGGUGGACUCGGCAACAGUCAGUCAUACACGGCGGACAGCAUUUGCCGAACAAUUUUGAGCCAACUGUACGACUUAGCUGCCCAGGGCGAAGACAGCGUGGGCCUCCUCGAGGCUUGCAAUGCAGUCUUCAAGAGGGCGAAAGCAAAGUCUCUCUCCAUCCCCAACUACAUGCGAACCGACAACGACGGCUUGCCAGAAUUUGCUGACGGUUUCUCUCGAAUCGCCGCUCUCCUCAAGAAAAAUGUGGUGCUUGUGCUGGAUGGGCUAGACAAAAAUACUCUGGACGACAAGAACCGGGAAGAACUUGCGCGGAAGAUCCGGGGCCUCAUGGCAGCAGUCUCUGACGGAGCAGGCAUUCGCCUUCAUAUACUCAUCGGAUAUUCUUGGUCCGUCCGCUUGUUUGACGACGUCAACCUGCCUCCCGAAUCGUACAUCGAGUACAUCGACGUGCAGCACCACAACCGGGGAGACAUCGAGCUCAUUCUCUCGGAUGCGCUUAAAGAUGUCCCCGGGCUGUCACAGGCGGAACAGGAGACUGCCAAGGCUGCGAUCCUCGAGAAGGCCCGCUCUCGUUUUCUCUACGUCCAGGACACCGCGAUUCCCUUCAUGCGCGAGCCAUUCCAGAGACCGCUGUCCAAGCGACUCGAGGGCUUGCCAGACGGGGCAAGCGACGUAUACGCCAAGGCCUUGCGUAGCAUGAGCCCCAAUUAUCUGGAACUUCUCCGCACCGCCCUUACCUGGACUCUCCUUUGUCCUGACUUCCCUGGCUAUCCGCAUGCCAGGGAGAUAAUGGACGCCUUCCAAGGGACCUACGAUUACCCUUCGGAGACGGAGGAAGGAGAUAUUGCGGAUUUUGAUGCCGGAUUUCCGCUCACCAAUCGCCUCGAGCUUGAGCAACUUCGUGGUGCAAGCGAGCCGUUCCUGACGCUCUUUCCGGAAGAGGAUGGCAGAGUCUGGGUAUGGGAGUCCGACGCCGCGGCGUUGUCUGAAUACUUCAUCAAGUCUGGUGCCGACGCCCAUGAGGAACCGGAGCACCAUGAGCUGCUCUGCGCUCGCUGCGGAUCUGCCCGCUCUCUAGCCAAAAACCUGUACAUUGACCCAAAGAAGGUUCAUCUCCAGAUGGCCUUGACCUGCCUGCGUCACUUGAACAAUCCUUUGUUCCAACGAAGAGCGCGAUUGGCCGCCGUGGGCAGACGGCAUGAGCGAGGCUCGGGCGCCGAGAACUCCCUUGAUGGCACGCGAGGGGACGAAGAAGGCGAUACAGAGCCUACAGGUCCCGCAACUCCGACGGAUCCUGUGGAUACAGAUGACCGGAACGCUAAUGCGCUGGACGCCUACCUCCAAGAAGCUCAGGACGGCUACCAAACUGAGGAUUCCAUCGAUGACGAGGACAUUACCAAGCCUCAAAUACACGACCAAGCCAUGUUCGAUACCGAAAGCGACUCCGACGAUGAAGAGACGGGUGAAGGCGCCACCCGCGUGCGAUACGAAAUCCAAUACUGGCCAUGGCAUAUGCGGAAGGCUGAAGAGCUCUGGCCGGCAGAAGAAAGGGAGGAGAACAGCGAGUGGGCAGCCCUGAUGGUCGAGCUCGACAAGCUCGUUUUCGAUACUCCCAGAAUAUUCUCUGCGUGGCAAGCCAUGCACCCCGACAAGAAGAACGAGGAGAAUCUGUUCGCGGUCGCCAAUGGGCCGCACAAGCCGCUGCAUGUGGCUGCGUAUCUCGGCCUUUCCAGCUGGGUCAAGCACCUACUUGACCGCGGGGAGGAGUUGAACGGGCUGUCAGCGGGGUACAGCCCGCUGCAAGCUGCGGCAUGUUCGGGAGGGCCGCUGGACACCAUGAAGUUGCUCCUGGAGAAAGGGGCCGACGUCAACGCCGAGAACAACGCCGGCCGCAACUCGUUUCAUCUCUUUUUAAUGCGCUUCGACAUCACGCUUGAAGGAGCAAAGCUACUUCUAGAACAUGGUGCUGACGCUCGUGCCAGCUGCUCUCUGGUGCAUUACAGCGUGAUGCAGUACUUCGCCAGCCGUGGAAAAGAUCCGGAAAUUUUGGAGCUGUUGCUGGCUCACGGGGCAGACAUCAAUGCAGUUCACCCCAAUAGCGUUUCAAACCUCCCAGCUCUGCAUCUUUUGCUCCUCAGGCGAGAGAGAACGCCGUUUCCGCAAGAGCUUUGCAGAUCGUCGUUUCUAUGGACGGCCGGCUCGAGAGCCUCAGAAUUAUUCUGCAGUCUGAGGUGCUCGAGAUUGACGACCCCGACCUUCACGGCACAACGGCUGUCCACGAAGCAGCUUUUUUUGGUCAUGCCAAAUGCGUAGCAGCCUUGCUAGAAAAGGGAGCUGACCCGGACCUCGCCGACAAGUUGAAUAGAAC